CUUCAAUUCGAAUGUAUCUCAGAUGCAGGCUUAGAUGCGCAGGGUGUAUUUAGGUACUGUAUUUAGAUACUAUCCAACACUGGCUCUAACGGACCUUUUCGUGAGAGUCAUGUUGCUCCUGCGAUCGCCGGAAAAUUCCGCGGCUCAGUCGAAAGUGACGGUUAUUUACUCUUGUUAGGUACAUGUUAAGGGGGCACAUAUGUUUGUCGGAUCAAAAAAAUCGAUGUUUUUUUAUUUGUUUAUUUGUAUUGUACAUAGUUUCAAGAAUUUAUGGUUAAAAAUGCAUCUCGGUACUCGCAAAAUUAACGAAGAUACAGAUGAAAACGUGCGAGCGCGCGAACUCAAACGGAGCGCAUGCUACGACUUGCUACCGACCGGAAUCGCGCGUGUUCAGACAGGUCAUAGAUUCGCUUUUGUUAGAUAGUCUAAUGGAAAUGACAAGAAAGCGUAGAACCAGCGUGUUAAAUAUGGAAAAAAGUGAGAGUGGUCGCAUCGGUAAUGACCGAAUCGCAACACGAUCUAAGUUCCGGCCCUGAAGGCUUCUCGACCAAAGACUAAUGCGCGCAAGAAGCUUCCAGAAAGUUCGACCGUCGAUACAUGUAUCCUACGUCACGGUUUGUUGUUGUUGGUCUUCUAAACAUUCGAUUGUGUGCGUUAAACGGCAACGUGAUGUAUGUCUAUUAUUCGGAUCAGCUGACUAUGAAAAGAAGGCCAACGACAACAAAGCUUUUUUCCUUCGAUGACAUCGCGGAACAAGUUUUGGGAGCACAGCUCUCGCACGUAUAAUUUGACGGAGCCAAUCACAAUGGCCCACCUAUAAUAUUAACAGCUAUAACUUUAUCAACAGCUAUUACUUUAUUAAAACCCGUGUUGUUGAAAUUCACGUUGUUACUUCAUUUAACCUGCAUCGAGUCGAAACUUAACUUUCAUCUGUAUCUACCGACUUCCACUUUGCCGCCGUUCUCCUGAAAAGCUUUCUAUUCUGGCUAUCAAAGAAAUUUCUACACGCUGGACUCGAUGCAAAAGAAGUGAAGUACGAAACACAGCGAGCUUAGUAGCUCGCAGCUCUUCGAACAGUCCGCGAAAAACGAAAUGAAACGUCGAAGUAUCGAUAGGAAAGGAAAGGCGUGUAACUCGCACUACACGGCCGAAGAAAAAAAGACCACCUCCAACGAAUGUAGAGAUGGAGAGCGAGGAAACUUAUACAAACAAAACCUCGGAAAAGCUACACAAAAAAUCGAACGUUACGUUUGAUCCUGAAAUGUCAUUUUGUAUUCUGCAAUUCUGCGCUGUGUUUACAGCAAUAUCUGAAUGUGUCGUUUGUAAACAAUGUGGAGGUGCAGUUAAAUUUUUACAAUCGAAUGUUCGCGGACUCGGUUUUAAAUUAAAUAUUAAGUGUACUACGUGCGAUAAGAUAAUUAAUAGCGUAUAUUCGUCACCGCUAAUAGGGGCUGCAUACGAGAUCAAUAGACGAUUGGCUUUCGCUAUGCGUAUUCUUGGUAAGGGACUACAAGGAAUACAACGUUUUUGCGGCAUAAUGGAUUUGCCGAAAUAUGUCGCACAAUGCUCCUAUGAUAAGAUUAUGGGCAAUAUACACACUGUCGCGAAAGUCGUUGGAAUGCAAUCUCUGAAAGAGGCUGCUGAAAGCUGCUGAGAUCCAACAAACCAACGAUGCUGAACAUUCAAAUAUACCAGACGGCUUAAAAGUAUCCGGAGACGGCACCUGGAUGAAACGCGGCUUUUCGUCGUUAUUUGGUGUCGCGAAUAUUAUCGGAUGGUACACGGGAAAAGUGAUCGAUCUUCUUGUCAAAAGUUCGUAUUGCAAGGAAUGCGAAGCUCAUGAAAAAGAUAAGGAUUCUGCGGAAUAUGAGCAAUGGAUAAAAUCUCACGAGGAAUAAUGCUCAGCAAAUCACACUGGAAGUGCAGGAAAAAUGGAAUGUGACGCCAUGGUUCAAAUGUUCCAACGAUCAGUCGAAUUAUAUAAUACCGCAUACGCAUAUUAUAUUGGUGACGGCGACUCUAAGACAUUUUCCGCCCUUCUGAACGCGCGUAUAUAUGAUAACAUAAUACCGAAAAAAUUGGAAUGUGUGGGCCAUGUGCAGAAACGCAUGGGUAGGUGGCUUCGCAACAUAAAAAACACAUAUAAAGAAGCAGCGAAAGCUACGAAGUCGAGGUCGGCAAGCCUGGAAGGCAAGGGAAAAUUAACGGCAUCGUUAAUUGACAAAUUAACAGUGUAUUAUGGUUUGGCGAUCCGAAAUAAUUGUGACUCGGUACAAAAUAUGAAGGACGCGAUUUGGGCCACAUUUUAUCACAAAAUUUCCACUGACGUCAAGCCACAACACGUAUACUGUCCGCCCGCAGCCAAUAGUUGGUACACGUGGCAAAAAGCGAAGGCUGAAGGCUCUGUAAAAAAUUACAAACAUCAACCUGCUUUACCGGAAAUUGUACAGACAGCCAUCAAAUCCGUGUACGAAGCUUUAAGUAAAGAAGAUUUACUGCAAAGAUGCAUGGGUGGUUAUACGCAAAAUAAUAACGAAAGUUAUAACCAGAUGAUUUGGAAACUUGCGUCCAAGAUAACCUUUGGUAGCCUGCGCAUUGUUGAAAUAGCUGCUUACGUGUCUGCGAGCGUUUUUAACGACGGAGCCGAUUCAUAUUUACGCAUAAUGGAUUUGUUGGACAUCCAAGUUGGACGAAAUGCGUAUGAAUAUUGUCAACAAGAGGAUUCGAACCGUCUCAAACACGCCCGCAUCAAAGCGCAACAAGCGACAAGGGAGGCUCGAAUUGCUCGUAGACUUUCUUUAUCGAAGCAACACAUGACUAACGAGGCACAGGAAGGUACUUCUUAUGGCGCUGGAAUAGCUGAGUAAUAAUCGCACGAACGUACAGGACGGAAUCAUGCAGACAUUGCAAAAAUCGGGUUUCACGCCAUGUUGCGUCAUUUUCACAAUAUUUGCUCAAUCGAACUUUCGUUUACAUUUUUUUGUACUGAAAUAUAUGUUAUAUAAUCUGAAAAACACCCCGUAUUGAUAUCUUUAUCCCAGGCUGAGAAAAAAUUUCUCGAAAAUUGGCUUUUUUUUACGAGUGAUGAACAUAUGUGCCCCUUAAAAGCGUAUCACACUAGCGAUUCGCGACUGCGGCUGCGACUCGCGACUAUCGUUUGGACGGCUGUCCAUUUUUCGAGUCGCAGCCGCAGUCGCAACCAAUCACAGAACGCCGUAUAAUCACGUGACGCGCUCGUCAUAAUCACAUUUAUUUAAUAGUAUGUAGAAGUCGGUGAUCAUUAGAAUAAGGUUAUAUCCAAUGUUGUUUUAUAUGUUAUAUACUUUUUUUAA